AUGGCGUCGGAGCUGGAGUCCGAGGUGCAGGCCAUCGACCGCAGUUUGCUGGAAUGUUCUGCCGAGGAGAUCGCAGGGGUGAGUGCGGGAGCCCGGGAGGGCUGUGUCCGGCCCUCGCAGGCCGCGCCCCGGGGGAGGAACAGAGUCCUGGAAAUCCCGGAGCGCGCCGCUGACUUCGGUAACAGCCGCGCUGGCCCUGUCCAGUGCGGAAAGGACCCCGGAGGCCAUCGAGCCUGCUCCGCGCCUUCUGUGCUCAGAGGCGCUAGGAGUGUGUAUCACCAGUUGUUCAUGAGCAGCCUGCUCAUGGAUCUGAAGUACAAGAAGCUGUUUGCUGUUCGAUUUGCAAAAAAUUACCAGCAGUUGCAGAGAGAUUUUAUGGAGGAUGAUCACGAGCGAGCAGUGUCGGUGACUGCUCUAUCUGUCCAGUUCUUCACCGCCCCUACUCUGGCCCAGAUGCUCAUCAUGGAAGAGAACCUGAUGACUGUUAUCAUUAAGGCUUUCAUGGACCAUUUGAAACAGCGAGAUGCUCAGGGCAGAUUCCAGUUUGAACGCUACACUUCCCUUCAAGCCUUCAAGUUCAGGAGAGUUCAGAGCCUUAUCUUAGAUCUCAAGUAUGUGCUGAUUAGCAAACCAACUGAGUGGUCAGAUGAGCUGAGGCGGAAGUUCUUAGAAGGGUUCGAUGCCUUUUUGGAAUUACUGAAAUGUAUGCAGGGAAUGGACCCUAUCACACGUCAGGUGGGACAGCACAUUGAAAUGGAGCCGGAAUGGGAAGCAGCCUUCACGUUGCAGAUGAAGCUGACACACGUGAUCUCCAUGGUGCAGGACUGGUGUGCUCUGGAUGAAAAAGUGUUAAUUGAAGCUUACAAGAAAUGCCUGGCUGUGUUGAUGCAAUGUCAUGGCGGUUUCACUGAUGGAGAACAGCCAAUCACACUCAGCAUUUGUGGACACUCAGUGGAAACUAUCAGAUACUGUGUUUCCCAAGAAAAAGUUAGCAUUCACCUCCCAAUUUCUCGCUUGCUUGCAGGUUUGCAUGUGUUAUUAAGCAGAAGUGAAGUGGCAUAUAAAUUUCCCGAGCUCCUACCUCUAAGUGAACUGAGCCCACCCAUGUUGAUAGAGCAUCCUCUUAGAUGUCUUGUUUUAUGUGCCCAAGUGCAUGCUGGGAUGUGGAGAAGAAAUGGCUUCUCAUUAGUAAACCAGAUCUAUUACUACCACAAUGUGAAAUGCAGACGGGAGAUGUUCGACAAGGAUAUAGUGAUGCUUCAGACAGGUGUCUCCAUGAUGGAUCCGAACCACUUCCUGAUGAUCAUGCUCAGCCGCUUUGAACUCUAUCACAUCUUCAGCACGCCUGACUACGGGAAAAGAUUCAGUUCUGAGGUCACCCAUAAGGAUGUUGUUCAGCAGAACAACACUCUAAUAGAAGAGAUGCUGUACCUCAUCAUCAUGCUUGUCGGAGAAAGAUUCAGUCCUGGGGUUGGACAGGUGAGCGCCACAGAUGAAAUUAAGCGGGAGAUUAUCCAUCAGCUGAGCAUCAAACCUAUGGCUCACAGUGAGCUGGUGAAGUCUCUACCUGAGGACGAGAAUAAGGAGACUGGCAUGGAGAGCGUCAUCGAAACUGUUGCCCAUUUCAAGAAACCUGGGCUGACAGGACGAGGCAUGUACGAGCUGAAGCCAGAGUGUGCCAAGGAGUUCAACCUGUAUUUCUAUCACUUCUCCAGGGCAGAGCAGUCCAAGGCAGAAGAAGCCCAGCGGAAAUUGAAAAGACAAAACAGGGAAGAUACAGCACUUCCUCCUCCAGCUUUGCCUCCGUUCUGCCCCUUGUUUGCAAGUCUGGUUAACCUUUUGCAGUGUGAUGUCAUGUUGUACAUCAUGGGAACAAUACUGCAGUGGGCUGUAGAGCAUCAUGGGUCUGCCUGGUCGGAGUCUAUGCUACAAAGGGUGCUGCAUUUGAUCGGGAUGGCCCUCCGAGAAGAAAAGCACCAUUUGGACAAUGCCGUGGAAGGGCACGUGGAGACAUUCACCUUCACUCAGAAGAUUUCAAAACCUGGUGAUGCACCCAACAACUCCCCAAGCAUCCUAGCUAUGCUGGAGACGUUGCAGAACGCUCCCUCCCUGGAAGUCCACAAAGACAUGAUUAGGUGGUUGUUAAAGAUGUUUAAUGCAAUUAAGAAGAUAAGAGAGAGUUCCUCUGCCAGUCCUGUGGCAGAGGCAGAAGGAACCAUAAUGGAAGAGAGCUCAAGAGACAAAGACAAAGCAGAGAGGAAAAGGAAAGCGGAGAUUGCUAGGCUGCGUCGGGAGAAGAUCAUGGCCCAGAUGUCUGAGAUGCAGCGGCACUUCAUUGAUGAGAACAAAGAGCUCUUCCAGCAGACCGUAGAGCUGGACGCCUCUGCCUCUGCCACUCUUGACAACAGCCCUCUGGUUUCAGAUACAGCACUUACAGCAUUGGGCCCCGCACAGACACAGGUCCCUGAGCAGAGACAGUUUGUCACCUGCAUAUUGUGUCAAGAGGAGCAAGAGGUCACUGUGGAGAGCAGGGCGAUGGUCUUGGCAGCAUUUGUUCAGAGAUCAACUGUGCUUUCAAAAGACAGAACUAAAUUUAUCCAGGAUCCAGAAAAAUAUGAUCCAUUAUUCAUGCACCCUGAUCUGUCUUGCGGAACACACACUGGCAGCUGUGGGCAUGUUAUGCAUGCCCAUUGUUGGCAAAGGUAUUUUGACUCCGUUCAAGCCAAGGAGCAGCGAAGGCAGCAGCGCCUGCGCUUCCACACCAGCUAUGACGUAGAGAACGGGGAGUUCCUCUGCCCGCUCUGUGAGUGCCUGAGCAACACCGUGAUCCCCCUGCUGCUCCCCCCGAGGAAUGCUUUCAGCAGGAGGUUAAACUUUUCAGACCAACCAGAUCUGACCCAGUGGAUUAGAGCACUAUCUCAGCAGAUAAAAGCAUUGCAGAUGCUUAGGAAAGAAGAAAAUGCCUCUGACACUCCCUCUUCAGAGACCGUAGAAGCCAUGAGUGAGACACAGGUCCCAGAAGGCUUCAGGCCUGAUUUUCGUCCUAAGAACCCAUAUUCCGAGAGCAUAAAAGAAAUGCUAACAACAUUUGGAACAGCUACUUACAAGGUGGGACUGAAGGUUCAUCCCAAUGAAAAGGACCCCCGUGUGCCCAUCAUGUGCUGGGGGAGCUGCGCAUACACCAUUCAGAGCAUAGAAAGAAUUUUGAGUGAUGAAGAGAAGCCCCUGUUCGGGCCUCUGCCUUGUAGACUGGACGACUGUCUCAGGUCUUUAACACGAUUUGCAGCAGCACAUUGGACAGUGGCGUCACUUCCUGUGGUACAAGGACACUUCUGUAAACUCUUGGCAUCCUUGGUGCCUAAUGACAGCUAUGAAGACCUCCCGUGCAUACUGGACAUCGACAUGUUCCACUUACUGGUGGGCCUGGUGCUGGCCUUCCCAGCUCUGCAGUGUCAGGACUUCUCGGGAAGCAGCCUCGGGACUGGAGACGUGCACAUUUUCCAUCUGGUCACCAUGGCGCACAUCGUACAGAUCUUACUUACCUCAUGUACAGAAGAGAAUGGCAUGGAUCAAGAAAACCCCACUGGGGAAGAAGAACUAGCUGUUCUCUCUUUGCACAAAACACUUCACCAGUAUGCUGGAAGUGCCUUGGAGGAAGCGCCCUCCGGCUGGCACCUGUGGAGGAGUGUCCGGGCUGGCAUCAUGCCUUUCCUCAAGUGUUCUGCUUUGUUCUUCCAUUACUUAAAUGGAGUUCCAGCCCCACCAGACCUUCAAGUUCCUGGAACAAGCCAUUUUGAACAUUUGUGUAACUACCUUUCCCUACCAACCAACCUCAUUCGCCUUUUUCAAGAAAACAGUGAUGUCAUGAGCUCUCUGAUUGAAAGUUGGUGCCAGAACAGUGAAGUUAAAAGCUAUCUGAACGGCGAACGAGGGGCAAUAAGCUACCCAAGAGGAUCUAACAAGCUGAUCGACCUUCCAGAGGAUUACAGCAGCCUCAUUAACCAGGCGUCCAGCUUCUCGUGCCCCAAGUCGGGCGGCGACAAAAGCAGAGCCCCAACUCUGUGCCUCGUGUGUGGGAGUCUCCUCUGCUCUCAGAGCUACUGCUGCCAGGCCGAGCUGGAGGGGGAGGAUGUCGGGGCUUGCACAGCACACACCUACUCCUGCGGCUCCGGGGCUGGCGUCUUCCUGAGAGUACGGGAAUGUCAGGUGCUAUUUUUAGCUGGUAAAACCAAAGGAUGUUUUUAUUCUCCUCCCUACCUGGAUGACUACGGGGAGACAGACCAGGGACUCAGACGAGGAAACCCUUUACAUUUAUGCCAAGAGCGGUUUCGAAAGAUCCAGAAGCUAUGGCAGCAGCACAGUAUCACAGAGGAAAUUGGUCACGCACAGGAAGCCAACCAGACCCUGGUCGGCAUCGACUGGCAGCAUUUAUAAUCACUCCUCUACCAAAAACUUGAACUUGGAGUUUUGUAACCCAGCUGGCUUUUCCAGAAAGACGACAGAAAAUAAGUUCGGCUGAAUCUAUUUUGAAAUAAAUUCUUUAUUUAAGCUUUCUUCCCAGUUUUAUUUUUCUAGUUUCUGGCUCCAGGGACUGAUGAAAAUCCUUUUCCGCCAGAUUUUAUUGCUGUGUCCCUCAGAUGUUACCUGGGCUGAGAUCCUUUUUAGCCUGGAGCCUAGCUCCUGCUUCAGUAGCCUGAGCCGCUCCUCAUCACUGAUUGUGUUGGACUUGGCCAUUCAGCAGAGGCCAAAAGGAGCCCUGGGGCCCAGCAAGAUGACUUUUCCAACCUUGGUGCCUCAGCGCUGAGGUGCGGUUCACCUCUGGGACUGGACCUCACCUCCGAGAGCAAAGCAGUUGAAUUUGAAGCUGGGAUUCCCUUCUCUGCAUGGCUUAGAAGGCUGGAGAUGCAGGAGAACUAGGGGAGAGCGGCUGGCUCUUCACCGCUCUGUAUGGUUGGCUUCUCUAUUUUUGUCAAGACUUUUGGCUUACUCAAUUAAAGGGCUUUUGAAAUGGAAAGGACCUCCUAGUUUUUCCGGCAGUUACUCCCUGCUCUGAGGUAAACGGAGAGUGUGCGCAGCCUCAGCCAGACAGCAGCAGACCUGUGCGAGCUCAGCUUAGUGAAAGGCUACAUGCCUGUAAUCCCAGCACCUGGGAGGCUGAGGCAGGAGACCAGGAGUU